AUGCGUCUCUACCUAGAUAGCCGAAUCGAGGACGGCGGAAAUAGUAGGGUGUAUCGUGCGCGGGUAACAAGCGAGAGCCCGCCGCGCAUCCUUGCGGUGAAGGUCGUUCACACGACGAAGCAUGUCAAGAAUCCAAUGCUUCGCCAUGAAGCGUGCGCCAUCAUCAGUCUUCGAGGACAUGCUAGCGUUCCCGAAGUAUAUGCUUUAGGAAGAACACAAUACUACGAGUACCUGGCUCUGGAGGAGCUUGGUCCCAACAUCUUUUCACCGCUCAAAUCCUCGUCAGGCUUGACAAUGCGCAACCUCAUCGCGCUGACGUGCCAAAUGAUCGACGCCGUACAACACAUGCACUCGCGCAAUCUUGUACAUGGAGAUAUCAAGCCUGGGAACUUCUUGUUCGACCUUCGACCCACCGGCUUGAUCAAGAUCAUUGACUUCGGCUGCACGAGACCGUAUCGCGACCCUAUUUCCCUUGCUCACAAGCCCGAGAGCCGCAGCUCCCGGUUUUUAGGAACAAGGUCGUAUGCGAGCAUCCAUAUGCAUUACCAUUAUCGUCCCUCACGCCGUGACGACAUGGAGUCCCUCGCCUAUACCGUCCUCGCGCUCCUAUGCGAUGGCCUACCUUGGCACAAACGGAGAACCUACGACGAGGAAUUUCUGCCAGAGAAAUGCAAAUGGUCCGGCUCCGAUCUUGCCGCCGGACACCCGCCAGUUUUUGGCGCUUUCCUCGACGACGCGCGCGCCAUGGCAUAUGACGCGGAGCCAGACUACUCCGGGUGGAAGCUUCGUUUCCGGGAGCUAGCUCCCGGGCUUCCCGACGAGCCGUUGUACGACUAUGCAGACGACGGCCCGCGCGUAGGCUUGUCGCAUUGGCCGCAGGAGAUGCAGCCCGUUGACCUCGAGCCUGCGCCGGAGAGCGCCGCCGAUUCAGCAUCACUCAGUGACGACGUCUGGGUGCCGACGUCCGAGUGGCCCAAUCCUUUCGCCAUCUUGGACGAAGACCUCAUUGGGGACGAGCAAGAGAUGGUGGCCUCUCAUUUGGAGAGGAUCGAAGAGACGCCAGGCAUGGAGCGCCCGUGGGUUUACCAGGCAGCAGGAUAUCCUCCAGAGCGCAUCGUUCCGUUCUAACUUCUGAAAAACUAACUCUCUUCGGUGCGCGAUCUGUACGGCUAGAGACUUCUUUCGAAACUUGUGUGCCAUAUACGCGGAGAAUAUCACCGCCGCCCACAAGUCGAUGUUUCACUCGUCUUGGUCAAAAAGCAGCACUUUUUUACCUUAUAUACUUGUGCACUUGUCCUCUUCGGCCAUAUAUCUUGCAUUUUCUUG